ACAAACAAAAAUCUACUUUCUUCUCCAUAGGAAAAGAUCAUGUUGUGGUUUGUUAAAAGUACAGUUCCGUUUAGUGAGCCUUUCACGGUAGAUCCUGAGAAUCCUCCACCGGAGCAAGACUACAAUGAGUAUUUCAAGAAUCUGAUAGAUGGAAUCACCGACAAGAAAUUAAAGGCUGCUAAUGGUACUUUCGAUACCAGUCUUGACAAUGGUAUUGAUUUUUUCGAUACCGCUGAAGUUUAUGGUUCCCAGUUUUCUUUGGGUGUUAAAAGCUCUGAAACUCUUUUAGGAAGAUUUUACGGAGCUGAGACUUCAGUUGCAACAAAGUUUGCUGCAUUACCAUGGCGAUUGGGUCGUGAAAGUGUUAUCGCUGCUGCCCUUAAAGAUUCCCUUUCCCGGCUCGAGCUUUCAUCUGUAGAUCUCUAUCAACUCCAUUGGCCGGGACUAUGAGGAAAUAAAGGGUUUUUCUUAUGAGAAACACUGAAGCUACUUUGAACAAAAAACCUGUCACUUU